AUGAUAGAUAAUGCUACUUCAGAAAAUGUGCUAAUCCCUAAUCUUAAGUUGUGCGGUCGAAGCUAUGGUUCCGGUGUCCUGCAAUACAUAUGUCGGUUCAUUCUCUCACAGCUUUCUAAAGUCUAUAAUGGAAUAGUCGAUUAUAUAGAUGAAACUAGUAUCGGGACACCUAGAAAUGAUAGGGCUGAAGGGAAUAAAGCAUUAGUCAAGGAUAAUUGUAGUGACGUCCGGGGAAGUUCUCAAUAUGAUAAACUAACGUUAACCAUUGAAACACUUGUUGUUGGAGAAAAUUGUUUAGAACACUGUGGAGACAAUCAGCUCCCCGUUUAUGUUAUGGAACAAUGGACAAUCCAACUUCUUCCUCAAAAUUUUAAAAAUAAAGGGACGUCUAUUUCUGGCUAUCAGACCGAGCUCUUGGAUUACAUACGAACAUCUCCACUAAUGGUUGCUGUCAAAGAACCAGGUCGUGCUCGAAAGUACAAGAUAACUCACAGAUCCUAUGUAUGCGAUCGCAUGUCCCGUGUGGGUGAUUCUUUCCUCAUGGAUGCAUCAGAUAUAUUGGUUAUGGACUGUUUCAAUGAUAUUAAUACAAAAAAUCAAGAUGAUGAUAAUGACGGUAGUUCAUUUUCGAAAAUAGUUCGCCAGAUGGAUGGUUCUGAAAGCCCCAUCAAACGAGUUUUCACACCUGUAUGUAUUAAUGAAAAGGAACUUCUGCACAUAAGUGUUGUAACACUAAAACAUCUUUCUCAACAGUUUCUCGGUUGUCCACUUUGUCUAGAUUCAAAUUACCUAAAAAAUAAAGAUAACUUUACUAUGCCUAAUCUUGCUAGAUGUCUUUCGCCUGAAACUCUUGUAGACUUGGAUGUUUGUAAAAAAAGCACUACACCUGUUUCGCAUGUAACCCAUGGAAAACCUAAUGUUCAUCCACCAAACUUUCUUAAUUUACCGAAAGGCUCGUCGACUGAAGAAGUUAUCAGAAGUCCUAUUGUUGUCAUGACGGAUGCAGAGGAUAAUUUGAUGCAAUCUUCAUUAAGCAACCAUUUUUACAAUGUUCUACUACCUUGCUCUUCUUGGGAUUGUACUGAAUCAGGUCACUCGACUUUAACAAAAAAAUCAUCUCGUUUAACAGAAUCCAAUAGAAUAACCCAGGUUCCUCUAGAAUCACCUCCCCGUAAACAGCAACGUAUCAGUUGUUACACUCCUGAUUUUACAUCCAAAACGAAAGAUUCAGACGACGUCAAUGAAUUGCCCACUUCUAUCAGCCCAACCAUUAACAAAAAUCCAAGCGUCCAACGUGAAGGUUGUAUUAAUAAAGUAAUUGCAGAAUUUACGCUACUGAAUGUCGAGCGUGACUUAAUUAUGAAUUCAAUCGGCAAUUCAGAUCCCAGUUCUAUGUGUCUACCAUCUGUGAAUACAUGUUUUUCUUCUUCAUUUGAUGUUCACAGAGAUUCCAUACAAUGUAACCAAUUCAAUUCUAGUAUGGCUAAAAAGCAUGACCAUGCAUCUGAAUCCCAGCUAAGUAUAGAUUCAGAGAAUUCAGUGUUAUUAACAUCAUCAAGUGCUAGUUUUCAACCGGUGCCCAGACUAAGCAGGAGACGAAAUGCCACUUCUGUCUCUGUCUGGUCUUCAUCAACAUUUCACAAUGAUGGCACUCCGUUUUUCAAUCGUCGUACCGGAUUACCUUUACAAUCAUCCCCGGUUCCUCUUAAAAGAAGUACAAGUGGAAAAUUCGAUUUUGAUUUAUCAUUGAAUCGUAUGAAAACAUCUAAAAGCUCUCUUUGUAUGGUCUAUCAGCAUAAUUUACAAAACUCCAGUGAAAUCAAUAAAGAUCCUGUUAAAGAAUCUACAUCCACGGUGGACAUGGUACAAUCUGAUCAAAAAAUCAAUAAUAAUAAUACUGAUACUAAUUUUUCAUCAGUCAAUACUACUACUACUACUCUUGGCAAUGAUGAGAAUAGUAGUAAUAAUGCUGAUAACAAUGUUGUUUUAAUCAAUGGUGAUAAGCCAAAUCAAACUACCAUAUCAUUUCGUCGACGACCAUCUAGUCUACGAUUUAUAUCUCAACAUCAUGAACAAUCAUUAGCUGAUAGUUGUGUUGUUGGCGGUGCUAACAGCCGAUAUACAGGAGGAGCAAGACGACGUAAUUAUCCUGUAGAAAUGGAUUCUAUUGAAUUAAGUUGUAGUGCCCCACCGUCUGGUGGUCGUGGUUGUCAAUUACAUCAUACAAAUACAACUAAUCGAUUAGCCAAUACCAUAGCAUGUACACCAGUAGUACCACAUGGUAGUUCACAGCAUUUAUUAGUCAAUUUUGAGGAAAGUAUGCUUAAUGGACGUAUACAUCCAGUUGGACAAGUUGAAGGUUUUUCCAUUGAAUUAGGUGCUAGUGGUUCAUUCUAUCCAAAUCAUAUACGUCUUCCAAUGAAAGCGUAUUUUUUCAAUUUAUCCGAUGAUAAUGCACCAUCCCCUUAUUUAGGUUAUGCUGAUUUAAAACAAUUACCUAAUAAUAAAGGUUAUCAUAUACCAAAAAAAGGUUCUAUUCAAUUAACUUUAUUCAAUCCAACUGGUCUUGUCGUGAAAAUGUUUGUCAUUGUUUAUGAUUUAGCUGAUAUGCCACCGAAUUGUCAAACAUUCCUUCGACAACGUACAGUUUACAUGCCAGUGCAACAACAACAACAACAACAACAACAUAAUCAAUUUCAUUCAUCUCAACUCAAUUCAACCUCUUCACAAAUAUCUCCCAUUUGUUCUUAUCAUAAUCAUCAACAAUAUAAUUCAUUAACUCAACAAUGUCAAUCAACUACUACUACUACACACAAUACAAUCAUGAAUCAGUUCAGUAAUAAUAUUAAUCAUAAUCAUAAUAAUAAUCAUAAUUCUAUCAAAUCGAUAACUACAUCCAUUCAUCAUUGUACUGCUACUACUACUAAUAAUACAGAAGAGAAUUAUUCAAAAUCAUUCACUGAAUCACAUACACCAUCAUCAUUUCUGUCAUUUUCUUCAUCAUCACCAACAUCAACAGCAUCAUCAUCAGCAUCAUCAUUAUCAUCAGUAUUGUCAUCAUCAACAUCUUGUUCAUCAUGUUCAUCGUUUACAUCAACUUGUUCAACAAAUUCAUUAUAUGAUUCACAGAAUAUUGUGUAUAAUCAUAAUAAUAAUAAUAAUAAUAAUUAUAAAAAUACUGGUGUCAUCGGUGCAUCAUCAUUGAAUACACGUAAUGAAUUGCCUGCAUUCUUACGAUAUCUUGUUCAUUUAAGAUUUCAUACAACUCGAUCGGGUAAAUUAUACUUACACACAGAUUUACGUUUAAUAUUUUCACGUGACAAGUUUGAAUUUGAUCCACGUGUUGAAACGUAUGAAUUACGUUCGUUUGUUGAUGCACCAUCGAAUCCACGGUAUUCACCGAAAAAAUGGUCAACACGUCAUCAUCACCAUCAUCAACAUCAACGUCAUCAUCAUCAUAAUUCAUUGAAACGAUCUCAAAAAUCAAUAAAUCAUUCACAAAUUUCCGAAUAACAAACACCAAGACACAGAUGAUGAUCAUCAAGGUGUUGUUGUGUGUGUGUGGGUGUGUAGUUGCUGUGGUUGUCCAUUUUCUAUUCAUCACUAAUUCCAAUUUUGACAUGAUGAUAUCAUCAUCAUGUAUCAUCAGAAGAAAUAUUAUCCGAAAACUGCAUCAAUCUACUUAUUUUCCUACAAAUAUGAAUAUAUAUAUAUAUAUAUAUACACGACAUGUUUACAAAUUUGUGUUUUUAUGUGAGCAUUGUUCGAGUAUUUUCUCUUGUGUGUGUCUGCGUGUGAGUGUGUACGUGUACGUGUAUAGUACAGUUUUUUUUUCACUUCCAUGUUUAUUUUCUUAUCUAUCAACUAUAUCUAUACUGUGAUAUGAAUUCUCUAUUUCUCCGGCCUAUUUGCAUAAACCUAUACAUAUAUAAAUAUAUAUAUGUAUAUAUAUAUAUAUAUAUAUAUAUAUAUAUAUAUAUAUAUAUAUAUCUUGUGCUUUAUUUUUCGAGUUCUAUUCUUUAAUUAAACUUGUUGUACUUAUAUUAUUUACAUGUCGUUUUGUUUUUUUUAAUUGUACCAAUCUGCGUUUUGUUUAUUAUUAUUUCAUCUUUGUGCCUAACACAUUGAACACAUUGAUCAAUAAUAGAGUGUGUAGCGCAGUGUAGUCUCAUCCAUCAAGUAUGAUGAAUCAAGUAUUGUACAAAAAACAAAAUUGAUCAAUAUUCAAUAAUCAAUAGAAAAAAAAUAUAUUCCAUUAUUUUUGAUUUUUUUUUUCAUUGAUAUUCCUUCUAUACGGUGUGGAGCGUGAGCGAGAGCGAGAUGGCUGGCGCAUUGUGUAUGAUCGUAGUAGUAAUAGACAUGUGCAAUUUUGACAACAUUCUUCUCAACUUUGUUAUGUUAAUCUGUUUUUCUUAUGUGUGUGUGCGUGCGUGUGUUGGACAGAAUUGAAUUUGCCAUGUUGAAAAAUGUAUCUACUGCUAAUAUUAUUAUUAUUAUUAUUAUUACCAUUAUUACUUUGACGACCAUUGUUAUCCGUUGCCUUUAAUUUGUUAAUCAUGUGCACAUGUCAACAUUAUGUAGUGUGAACCUUUCUGCUCACUCACACACACACACAUACUGUACUAGUCAAUCAUGUUUACUUCUUUUCAUUAUUGCCACUAUUACUAAUAAUACUACUCAUAAUCAUAGUGUAACCUAUUAAUAAUUCAAAAUUAGCGCUUUUUGUAAUUUUGCCAUUUUACAUUUUAUUUUUCUUCUCAUUUUUUACUUCUCUUCUCUAUUUUUCCCAACUGAUCAAAUCUCAUCUGUUGUUUGAAUUGUCUUUCCAUGUUGUUUUUCCCCACCUCGUCGGUGGGGGGCGCUGGUGUUGAUGAUGAUCGUUUCAUUGUGUUUGUGUUUGUGUGUGUGUGUGGCUGCGCGUGUGCUUUGCCCAUUAGAUAAACCAAAAUAACUCUUUGUGUCUUUCAUAAUUGUAACCAAUACAUUAGUGUUUUUCCCAUGUUUUUUUUUAGAAGAGUUUUUGCAUUGUACAUUGACGUGCUGAAUUGGACAUGUAGUUAAGUGUGUGUAUGUGUGAAUGUGGAUACAUAAUCAAUCGACUUGUUAUGUGAAUGAAUUCUUGACUCAUUUACUGUAUACUACUUACAACACCGAAUAGAGACGACUAAACUAACUAACUGACUUUUGUUUAUUAUGAACGACAACACAGUCUUCGUUUUGUUUUUCGCUCAAUCGUGUAUUGCUGCUACUGCUGAUGAUGAUGAUGAUGAUGAUGAUGUUGAUGCUGAGAUUGAUAGUAUCGUAAUCUAGUAGUGUGUAAUAAAGAAUGGUAGCUUAAAUCUGAUCAAUAACCUUGUUGUGCAUGCAUUACGAUCAUUAUUCAUGCUACCAAUAGAAAACGAUAUUCUCUAGCAAGAGAACGAGUUCUACUACACAGACAGACAUACACAUACACAUAGACACAUGCGCAUACACAAACAUCAAUGAUGAUUAUAAUAAAUACAUGAACCUGUCUGUUUACAAAAAAUCGAUUUUAAUUGUUACAGUGAAAAUCUUUAUCAGAACUAUUAUUAUCUCAUAAGGUAUACCUACUUCUUUUUCUGUGUGUGUGUGUGUGCAUGUGUAUUCAUAUGUGUUUUACAUGUUUACAUACACAAUAAUUAGUCAAAUGUUUGUGUUGCGUUCUCAUUGCUGAUUGAUUGAUUGAUUGCUCAUUGUUAUAUUGGAAAUGCUUGUGAAAUUCUUUGAUUUGUAUGUCCAAUAAGCGAUUCACAUACACACACACACACACAAACACAUUCGCUCACUCAUACUGUGAUGCAAUUUGUCUUUGAUGAUUAUUGUGUACACAUUAAUAUCUAUCUAUCUAUGCCUUCGUUUUUUUUCUCCGUGUAUACUUACAGAUACGAACCGAGAAAGUGUUUUGUUUUUUUUUAAUAAAAAAAAACUACCUUCAUUUUGUGUUUUUUCAUUGUUUCUGGGUUAUUAUUUUUGUUGCUGUGUUGUUUGUUGUUUGUUUUGGUUUUUCUUUCACAAAUUCUUUUUUUUUUCAUUUAUUUAUUGAUAUUAUUUAUUUUCUCUAUUUAUAAUUAUUUGUUGAGAAAAAAAAAUUAAUUAUUACGAUUU